AUCUCCCCUCUACACAAACUCUACUAGCCUGAUAGACUGGAAUACUGUGUGGAAGUGUAGUGGAACUGUGGAUAACUAAAGAUAGGCAUGAAAUUUGAAUAGAUUGGCUUCCGCUCAUAGAGCCAACAAUAUUCUCAAAUCUUAAUAUCAUGGCUUUCAAUUCCAUGACAAACACAUUCAACAGAUGGGCAGUUACCCAGAAUAAUCAAAUUAUCUCAAAAUCUGGAGAACCCCAACCAAGGCUUAAGGAGGAGAAAUCAGUAAUUGUUCCUCUUUCCACACCCAUUGCCAGACGCUGUGCAAUUCUUACUUCAUUACUCCCAAUUACCCUCAUUUCAUUGCCUCUUCCAUCCUUUGCAAGAGAAAGAAGGAGCAAGAAGAUCAUCCCUCCUGAAGACUAUCAAACUAGCCCUGAUGGAUUGAAGUACUAUGAUUUUGAUGAGGGAAAGGGGCCAGUAGCUGUAAAGGGAUCGAUAAUUCAGGUUCAUUUUGAUUGUAUAUAUCGCGGCAUAACAGCUGUCUCGAGCCGAGAAUCUAAGAUUUUGGCUGGAAAUCGAAUCAUUGCUCAGCCAUAUGUAUUCAAAGUUGGUUCUACUCCUGGUAGAGAACGGAAGCGUGAGUUCGUUGACAAUCCAAAUGGACUAUUUUCUGCACAGGCAGCUCCUAAACCUCCUCCAGCUUUGUAUUCUAUUGUUGAAGGAAUGAAACUAGGAGGCAAGAGGACUGUGAUAGUUCCCCCAGAAGCUGGAUACGGGAAGAAAGGAUCAAAUGAGAUCCCGCCUGGGGCAACAUUUACUCUUAACAUUGAAAUCUUGCAAAUAACUCCCCCACAGGGGAGCAGCUGAGCUAAUGGCUUCCUGAUUGAUCUCAAUGAAGAUUAACAAUUUUGCAAUGAUACUGAUCAUUUUUCGUACAGCAAGCUCGCCAUUAUUUUAUGUACAAAUGUCUUAUACUGUAUGUAAAUGUUGAGUGUCAGCUCUUCAUAUUCUCCUUUACUUUCUUUUACCAACUCCUGUGCAUCUCCUUUCCCCUUAGUUGUGUAAUUAGCUAGAGGCUUUUGGCUUUCUUAACUGGAAGAGAAGAAAUGUUGUAUUCUUGUUACAUCCAACAUCUAUGAAUUUUAAAUCUAAGUUGAUGGGAAUAUUACUCGAAUGAUUCA